ACUUCCAGCCUACCACGGCUCGCUCUUUCGCGGGAUCUGGGUCCCUCAGCCAACACGCCCCGUUUUAUAUGUCUGUUCUAUGUUGCUACUGCGACGGCAAAAACCAUCGAGGCCACCGAUUUCCCGCGCUUACGGCCACCCAGCGUUUGCUUCGAGUCAGACUAGUUGCUUAGUGUUUCCUUCUUUGAGUUGCGUGCACUGUCCAGGGUACCUAAGGACGAAAAGGGUGUGGCAAACCAAACUGCAUCUUCUGUGACCAUGAGUGACCCGAAUCAACCGCCCUCCUUUCACUAUCAUCCCUACCAGGUUUCUACAGAGUACCAUGAAAAUGAACCGAAUGUCUUCUAUGUCGGGGGGGUCCCCCAGUUCAUCCAGGCCCCUCCUGGGCCUCCAAGCAACUACGACGUGACAUCCGGGCCUUCGGAACCCGGCCCAAAUGCCUCUCAGGUCGUAUUCGAUACCGGAUCUCUCAACAAAAAGGUGCAAAUUCCUAGGUCGGCAAACUCCAACAAUUGGACCACCAGCGGACGAGUCAGCCGGGCGUGUGAGAACUGCCGAGAGCAGAAGGCAAAAUGUAGUGGGCAUCGCCCAAGCUGCGUGCGAUGCGAUGAAUCCGGACUUCUGUGCUCAUACGGUGAUCGAAAGCGGGAGAAGAUGCUCAAGCAGAUCAAUGAUCUGACAAACCAGGUCGACGUAUAUGUGGCUCUACUGAAGGAGCUCUGUCCCAAACUGGACUCGCAGACUGCUGAGUAUAUCGAACAGGUGAUCGGGAAACAAAGUCUCAACAAUAACGCCGAAACAUCUGAUCGCAGAGGCUCAGCGAUAUCUUCAACUUCUAGAACAGCAGAUUCUUCUCCCCUUCAACUCCCUAGUUCGAACCCCCUACUCGGAGGCCUAGACUACACCAACGAAGAUUUCAAUCGUGAUGAAAAGAUUCAAGCGAUAGGAUUCGUAGGGGAGCACUCGGAGAUUGCCUGGCUACACCGACUGCAAAGCAUGCUCGAUUCCUCUAAUCUACCAUCUCCACGAGAGCUGUCGACUCACCCAUCCAUUGCGUCUGCGAACUUUUUUCUAGAUGACUCCGUAGUCCCAUUUAGUCGGGACGCGGAUCCUGGGCGGCGACCUCCACAAGCAGUAGCUGAUCAGCUGGUGGAUAUUUAUUUCAAUGUCGUGAAUCAAUCGUUCCCCAUCAUCGGCAGAUCGCUGUUUUUUGAUCAAUACAAACUCUUUUAUGCCCGUUCGGUACGACCGGGAGACAGAUGGCUGGCCAUCCUGAAUCUAGUGUUUGCUAUUGCGGUGAGAUAUACUCGUCAGACCCGAGUAUGCCCGAUGGAGGCCGUCGAUGAUGAUCGCACAUACUUUUCCAGAGCGUGGAAGCUCAACAUGAGUAGUGCUGCGCUACUAGAGCACCCCAACCUACAGCAGGUACAGGUGGAGGGUCUUAUAUCGUUUUAUCUUUCCUCUGUGGGCCAAGUCAACCGGUCGUGGCGCAUAUGUGGCGUAGCCUUACGAUCCGCUGGCACGAUGGGGCUGAACUUACGGAACGAGAGCAAAUCACUUAGUCCUCCGUCGAAAGAAGCACGUUAUCGGGUAUGGUGGUCCUUGUACACUCUAGACCUCACUCUUUGUGUGAUGACCGGCCGCCCUCCAAGUUGUAGCGAUGAAUUUUGCACUACACCGCUCCCGGUACCAUUCGAGGAAGAGACUUUCAAGGAAGCGGUAUACGCCCAGCAGCUCAUGAAAGAUAAUGAUGCACGGGGUUUCUUCAUGGAUAUCCUCGGUCUGGGUCGCUCGGAAUACUUGGCCUCCGACACCGCGUGGCCCGACAACCUCGAUCCCUUACUCUCUGGCCCCGGGAAACAGUCUGAGCAAAUUGCCUCCAGUGCCGUUGAAGCUCUCGAACCAAAUCCUUCGCUCUACUUUCUCCAUGUGAUCGACCUGGCUUUCAUUGUGCGGGAAACAAUUGACACGCUAUAUGCUCCAGGAGCUUCUCGGAUGUUGUGGCGGGAGAUAGAGAUGGCCAUUUCUACCUUGAACGGAAAGAUAGACGCUUGGCUCGAAAGGCUUCCGGUCGCAUUCCAAUCUACUACGGGUACUCGAGAGUUUGAACGAGAGCGAACAAAUAUGGCAUUUUAUUUCCACAGCGCCAAGAUCUUGGUCGCUCAACCUUGUUUCAGCCGUCUGACUCGGCAGAGCUCAGGAACCGACUUAUCGGACAAAUUCUGUGAAUCAACGGCCGUCGCGUGUGUUGACUUGGCGGUUCAGAUGAUAGAACUCUUGCCCGAGCACCCAGAUUCUUCCUGGAUCUACCGCGCCUCACCUUGGUGGUGCAUGUUGCACAUGCUUAUGCAACCGAUCACCAUUGUUUUGACUGAGUUACUGCUUGCAAAACCAGACACGGCCAAACGAGGGAAGCUACUGAAGGUUGCCUCCAAAACGACCCGCUGGCUAGCAGAACUUGCGGCCAAAGAUCCUGCGUUCCAGCGGGGCGAGAAAGUGUGCAGAGAACUCGUUACCCAACACGACCCGCAACUUGCAAUGGCGAUUUAUGGAGACCCUGAGGGACGCUGAUUUGGCGCUAAGGUUUUCUAUGCUUCACAUGUCCAUAAAACUCUAUCGGCCAUUCUCGUCGUUUGACCAUUUUCAAUCAGUAGCAACGAUGGGACCAUCGUUGCUGAAACGCUGAAGCGCGCCGAUACAGGGAGUUUAUGAGGAUAUCGCCUUGCAUCGACCUUCUCGUGAGCCCGUGUCACCCGUCGUCAUAUUCAAGCCGGUCGCCAUAUAUAGAAUGCUUAACUCUAAGUGAGUAUAACCGCAUGGGUUUCAAUUGUUUUUAGCCCGUCAUCGUCUCAACACACCCAACGGACAUUCUCUAGCCCUUUUUUAGAUCGUGCCAUGUCUCAAGAGCUGCGUGUUAUGCUUCCACUAGUGCAAGACUGAUUUUUUGUCACAC